AUGGUCACCAUCUCACACGGCCGAAACUCCUCCGAAACACCCAAAACAGAUCCUGUUCCUCCAGCACCGAAACAGCCGAAGCUAACAAAAUCUCAGCUAGACGAACUCUGGUUAAUCUGGGAAAACUCUCCUUGCGUUCCUACCCCCACGUCCAUGGACAGCUGGGCGAUUUCCAGAAAGGCAGACCCACUCAAAGUCAGGCGGUUCUUCUCGAGGCGCAAGUGCCAGCUCCGUAAGAAAAACCGCAGGAUUCCGGGCGAAACAUACGACCUUCGGAUCUCCACUCCUCCGUUCGAUCCGCAGCUGGCACUGACAUUUCGGCCGGCGUCUUCACCUGGAAUCGACGACGCCGCCUUUCCCUCCUCGGACGCCACGAUGGACUUCGACGAGUCGUCUUCGACCCUCUUCGACCCCUCCGACCGGAGCUCCGCGGAACCUGGUCCCUGCUACAGCCACUCGGGCCGUUUUCCUUCGGAACAAGCAGCGAACUAUUCCGCUCCCUCCAAUCAGCAGGGCCUGCGUUCUCAUAUCAACGUUUUUGACUUUGAAUUCGAUGCUUCUUCUGGCUCGGAGGAGCCACGAGUCUUUGGACGGUGA